UUGGCCGCCGCGGCCCAGUCGCUGCGCGGCGUCGAGCAGGAGACGAUCGCGCUCUUCGAGCGGAACACGCCGAGCGUCGUCUUCAUCGACACCUUCGUCGAGCAGCGCGACGCGCUGUCGAGCAACAUCCUCGAGCUGCCCGCGGGCACGGGCUCGGGCUUCGUCUGGGACAGGAGCGGCCACAUCGUCACGAACUACCACGUCAUCCGCAACGCGGCGGAGGCGUCCGUGACGCUCCUGGACCCGAAGACGGGCGUCAAGACGAGCCGGCGCGCGAGCCUGCGGGGCGUGGACCCGGACAAGGACAUCGCGGUGCUGACCGCGGCGCUCCGGCCCGUGUCCGUGGGCACGUCGAACGGCCUCAAGGUCGGCGCGACGGUCUUCGCCGUGGGCAACCCCUUCGGCCUCGACCACACGCUCACGCAGGGCAUCAUCUCGGGCCUCGGCCGCGAGAUGCGGAGCCCGACUGGCCGGCCGAUCACGAACGUGAUCCAGACCGACGCGGCGAUCAACCCGGGCAACUCCGGCGGGCCUUUGCUCGACUCCCUGGGCAAGCUCGUGGGCAUGAACACGGCCAUCUACUCGCCGAGCGGCGCGUCGUCCGGCGUCGGCUUCGCGAUCCCCAUCGACACGCUCGCUUUAUCCGUCGCGUCGCUCAUCAAGACGGGCACGGUGCUCCGGCCCAUCAUGGGCGUCUCCUUCCUGGAAGCGGCCCAGGCCAAGGCGUUGGGCAUCGACAAGGGCGUGCUCGUGCUCGCGGCGCCCGCGGACGGGCCCGCCGCCGCCGCGGGCAUGCGCGGCACGUCGCGGUCGACGGACGGCAACCUCCAGCUCGGCGACGUCAUCAUGGAGAUCGACGGCCGCACGGUGUCCACGGAGGCCGACAUGUUCAAGGCGUUGGACGCGCGGAAGCCGGGCGAGUCCGUCAAGGUCGUCGUCGCGCGCGGC